AUGGCCAGCGGGGGACUGCAGCUCCUGGGCUUCGUGCUGGCCUUCCUGGGCUGGAUCGGCAUCAUCAUCAGCACCGCCAUGCCCCAGUGGAAGAUGGCAUCCUAUGCGGGGGACAACAUCGUCACGGCCCAGGCGCUCUACGAGGGGCUGUGGAUGUCGUGCGCCAUGCAGAGCACGGGGCAGAUCCAGUGCAAGGUGUACGACUCGCUGCUCAAGCUGGAGAGCAGCCUGCAGGCCACUCGGGCGUUGAUGGUGGCUGCAAUACUCCUGGGGCUUGUGGCUGUGUUUGUUUCUGUGACUGGCAUGAAAUGCAUGAAGUGCAUGGAAGAUGACCAGGUGAAGAAGAUGCGGAUGGCAGUCUUUGGUGGGGUGAUCUUCAUCAUUGCAGGUUUGGCAGCACUGGUGGCCACAUCAUGGUAUGGCAACAGAGUGGCUAGAGCCUUUUAUGACCCUUUCACCCCUGUCAACACCAGGUUUGAGUUUGGAUCAGCUCUCUUCAUAGGCUGGGCAGCUGCUUCUCUGGCCAUCCUUGGGGGAGCCUUCCUCUGCUGUUCCUGUCCCCGGAGAGAAACUUCAUAUCCACCCACUCGAGGCUAUCCGAAAAACGCUCCCUCCACAGGGAAGGAUUAUGUAUAA